CAAGAAUUAAAAAUAUGGAAGAUAGUCGUACACAAAAUCGCCUUGACAACUUCAUGAAGAUAGGGCAAAAGAAUAUCAAGCGCAAGCGUGAAGAAUUUCUAGUAAAUCUUCGUAAGAAGCAGAGACAAGAUAAGUUCAAAUAAAGCCAGAGAAGAGAAAUUCAAGAAAAUCAUCCAUUACAGUAUUGACGGCAAAGAAGUUGAGAAUGGGGAUUUAUAUGAAAACUACGCUACUUGCGAUGGAAGCAAGAUGCAGCAUCUUGUCAAUUGCAUCCUUACAACAAGUACUAAUCCCUGCUUAUUAAUCCACUUGAUGAGAUCAGGUACUGAGCUAUCUCAAGUGAAUCCCAAUAAUGAUGAAGAGCUCAAAGAAUCAGAGAUAUUCUUAUCCAAACCAAUGUUAGAUUUUUAUUGAAAAGUUUUCUUGGAAAGUUCAGAUCUAAAACUUAUCUACGAAACAGUUAAAAUUAUGAUAAACACUCUUGAGUUACACAGUUUGACGCCUGAAGAGAUAGACUAUUGUCAAGAAAUUCAGCUGAUCCAAGGAAUGACCGGGCUCAUCAACGUCAAUGAAGCUGAAGGUCUUGAGCCAUAUAAACAGAAGGAUUCUACUCAACUAAAAUACUUGAUCAAGGUGGUUGAGAUCUCACUUGCACUUCUGAUUAAGUUCAUCAAGCAGUCCGAAUACGCUGCUAGUAAGAUAGACAAGGAUAUCCUGUACACUUUAUUGAAGGAUAUCAUCGAUUUCAGAGAGAUCUUCAAGAUGCAGUCAGAUGCACAUAUAUUGCCAGAGUUGGAGUUAAUCAUACUCACUCUUCCUGUUAGUGAGACUGAUAGGAAAGGAUAUCAGUCUAUGAAAGCAAUCUGCAGCUGAUUCGUAGAAGAAAUCUUAGACUCGAAAGAUGCUGAAUACAGCACAAACUUGAUGACACUUCUCACAAUCGCAUUUUCCAGCACUGGGUCAUUAAUUGAUAUAUUAAAGGAUGAGCCUGAAUUUUAUGGUUACUUGAUUGCACCAUUCCAUUCGAAGAUGUUCUCAUUGAAUGAUUUGUUCAAUAAUUUCCUGAGCACAAGGCUGAGUUUGAUAUCAGCGAUAAUCUUUUUCAGCGAGGACGAUCAUCAUAUGUUCCACCUAUUGACUCAAAACUUACUUGAGUUGAUUCUAGAAAUCCUCAAAAUUUCAGAUGAACUCGAAAUUUCUCACUGUAAAUUCAAGAAUCUAGACCAAAACAUGAUUCAAGCCAGCAUUGACGACCUCAAAGCAGAGUCUCUCUUUGUUUUCUCAAAUCUAUGCAUGAGUAACAAGGAGAAUAAGGAAAACAUUCUCGAGAUCACAUAUGGGCAAGAAAUUGUUCAGAGAAUCAUAGAUUUCAUGACCCAUUGCCAUGCAAGAAUUAGGAAAGAAUCAUAUGAGUGUUUAUACGGAAUAGUACAUCAAUGAGAACCAAAAUAUAUCACAUGGCUUUGUGAUGUGGACGUCAUGGAGAAAUGUUUAGACCAGAUUGAGAAUAGUAAGGACUUUCACGUAAGUGAAGUAGCAUGCAGAGUCAUCUUCUUCAUUCUCUAUUCUACUGAGGUUGAUGAUCCUCAAUCUGUUAAUUCGAAGAGACCUGGCUUAUACACUCAGAAAUUACAUGAUAUGGGAGGAAUUGAUAUCUUACAGGAUUAUCAAAUGCAUCCUAAUGAAGAAUUUAGACACCAAGUCAAUGCUAUUCUCUCUUAUUUCUACAAUACAGAAGAUGACACAAUUCAUGUAGUUGAAGGUGAUGCUCCAUUUAUACCCUCUCACAAACCUAUUGUAGAGCAAGAAAUUAGUUUAUUCAAUUAAAUCAA